CCGUACACUCAGCUGUUCGGUAACUUUUUCUGCGCGUACAAAUUGUAUCAGUUUUAGUGUUUAAUAUAAUUACGAUUUCAUCAUUAUUUUUACCAUAUAUUUCUAAAAUGUUGCGCAAUCUAACUCGUCGCUUUGAUUGCGCGCUCAGACUGCAGCGGCAAACAUAUCCACACGCAGUGCGCUUGCUUCGCACCACAGAUGCCAGCCGCGCGCUUUUUACACAAUACGCCUGCGAGAGUCGCUUGAACAAAAAGCAGCCCAUACUGGCCACCACCUCAGCCGGCAUCAGGAACCAUGCGACGCCCACAGCCAGUGAGGCGGACAAUGAGUAUGUGCCGUAUCGCACAGAGUUGGAGAGCGGCAGUCGCGCAAGUGCUCUAAUAGCUGCGAUGCGCGAACGUUUUCGGCUCACCGAAGGCGAGGCGCAGCGCAUUCUGAGCGAUGAGCAAGUGCGUCGCAGCUAUCGCAAUCGCUGUCUGACCAAUGCGCUGGACAGGCUGCUGCUGGAGGGCGUGACCAAGAAAAGCAUUUUGGAAUAUCCCUGGCUGUUGGUGCUCGAUCAGCACCGUCUGGAACUUAAGCUGGAGCUGAUCAAAUCGAUGCACAUGCUCGACAUCAAUCACUUCCUGCCCUUUCUGCGUCUGACAGUGCCACGCCUACGCAAGCUGGUGGACACCUUGAAUGCGGAGACCAACGAAUACCCGCAAAAGAAUCGCGUUUACUAUAUCAGCGAAAAGCUGGGCGUCAGCCCCGAGAUCGUCACAAAAUAUUUGUCGAAGCGACUCUUCAUACUGGAAAUGCCAUAUGAGAUGUUCGAGAAGAAUCUGGAGCACAUGAUCAACUAUAAUGUGUCUCCCAUUAACAUACUGCGCGAUCUGUGGGCCUUUCGCUAUGCACCCAAGGCUGUGGAGUUGCGCCUGGAGCGCGCCCAACGUGCGAAAAAGGAUAAGAUAAUGCCUUGGAUGGUGCGCUGCCCGGAACCUAUACUGCAACGCUCUCUAAAACUCUCCCUGGAUGAGCUGCAGGUGCUGGGCGAAUUCUCCUCCGUGGUGGAGUAUGUGGCGCAUCGCUUGGGCUUCAGUGUGAGCGAAACGAAGGCAAUUAUGGAUCGACAUCCGCAGGUGCACACAGUGCGCGUUACAAAGAUCAAAGAGGUCUUGGACUAUUUGCUAGACGUUGCGAAAUUCACACGCUUUGAAGUUGCGCAAGUGCCGCGGAUUUUGUGCCACAGCCUAAAGACCACACAGCAGCGCGUAGAGGAGCUGCAGUCGCUCGGCUGUCGACCCUCCACGCUGGUCAUCCUGUGUCGCAGCAGACGGGAAUAUGAAAAGUUCCUGCAGCAAUGGAACAGUCAGCAUGGUGCGCCACAGCAGAUCAACAGCAGUUGAGCCGUAAGUAGGUCCACAAUUUUAACUGUUGAUCUUAAAGGGCCACUGAAUUGCCUAGCGUUAUAUAUGUAUAUAGUUUUUAUUUUUGAAUUAAACUGCGAUAAAUUGUUGGCUUGCUACACAAAUU